AUGCAACUAGUGCCUAUAGAGUGGAAUUCUGAGAAUAUCAGUGGUAUAGCGGGAUCCAUCUCCAUCGCAUGUUGGGUAAUAGUCUUCGUACCGCAGAUCUAUGAAAACUUUCAUAGAAAAUCUGCUGACGGUCUAUCUUUGAUGUUUGUGAUUCUUUGGUUAGCUGGUGAUGUUUUUAACCUGGUAGGUGCCAUGUUACAGCAUUUAUUAUCAACUAUGAUCAUUUUGGCCGCUUAUUAUACUCUAGCUGAUAUCAUUCUACUAGUUCAAUGUUUCUGGUACGGUACUGAGGAAAAAGUUGAUCCUGUUCAUCUAUCGCCAGCUAAUCCUAUAAACGAAAGCGUCUUACAAGACGUUUUCCAUGAGAGUGAGCCUCUUCUACAUGCGGAGAUUAGAAAUCGUAGUAACGAACCAAACCAAGAGUAUCAAACUCUAAACAGUGCAGAAUUGAUUUCUGAAAAUGGGGCAAAAAGAUAUUUCAACGAUCUAUUCAUCGUUUUUGCAGUGGUUAUUGGUGGCUUUUUGUCAUGGUAUAUCUCUUAUUGCAACAAUCCUCACAAAUCAAAACCCUCUAGUCCUGACUUAGAUAUGAAUUGGUUAGCACAGCUAUUUGGCUAUCUAAGUGCUGUUCUUUAUUUGGGAUCUCGUAUCCCUCAAAUUCUGUUGAAUUUCCAAAGAAAAUCCUGCGAAGGUAUUUCUUUCCUGUUUUUCCUAUUUGCAUGCCUCGGUAAUAGUGCAUUUAUCUUAUCAGUGAUUAUCAUUUCCUUAGAUCCAAAAUAUUUAUUGGUUAACGCUUCGUGGUUAAUUGGGAGUUUAGGAACUUUAUUCAUGGAUUUUGUUAUAUUUAUUCAAUUUUUCGCCUAUGGUAAGGGACCUUCAGCAUCUGUGGGUGAUUUUGCAUGA